UUUUCAUAAUCUUGGCCCUUUCUCUCACUGAAGCUCAUUAAUGGGGAUUUUUGUUUUGGGUUUUAUCGCGAUCUCUAUCCAGGGCAAUUCUCGCAAAAUUCUUGAGGGGUUUUGGUCCCCUCAUCCUCCUACUAUCAAUGGAAGGUUUUAAUUUCAGUUUUAGUUAAGUUUUAAUGUUCAAUUUUAAACCCUAAUAUUGGGAGUUACUCUUAUUCUUCUCCUUGUCAUGGGAGCCAUUGACAGAGGCCUCAAGCCUGCUAUUAUCUUGACACUAUGACACACAAAUGAUAAUUAUAAAGGGGGAAAUCCCAAUCCAAAUUUUUUAGGAAAUUUUGAGGGAUUUUAUCCUUUGUUUGUACUAUGUGAACGUUAUUGGUACUAUUUUUUGGUUGUUUGUGUGACUCACUGUACUGUUCCUAGAAUUUAGGUAUUUUUGUGUGUAAAAAUAGUACUAUAUGUUGGGAAUUAUUCUGAUAUUUUGAAAAAUUGGCUGAAAUUGGAUAAGGAUAGUACGGGUAGUACAAUUCGAUUAUAAAUUGGAUUUGCCUUGACUUGUUUUUGAAUUUUAAGAUUGCAUGUGUGAAUUUUAGGGGGGGAAAUUCAGUUGGGAAUGUGUUUUUUUUUUCAAAUUUGUCCGUAGAACCCUAUUCUUCCCUAUAAAUGGACGGCAUUUCUGCCAUUCAAGGGCUAAAAAAUCCUAAGUAUUUAAGAUUCCUAUAAGUCUUAUAUACUAUCAUAUACCACUAUAUACCAUUACAUACUACCUAUAUACUAUAAAACACUACUAAUAUACUACUAUAAGAACCUUACAAAUGUUAUACUCUACUUACACUACUCUUAUAUACAUAUAAUAUACAAAAUAUUCAAGAAGAAAAGUUUGUUUGAAGGAUUAUAAGUGUUGGUGUAAGAGGUUGAUUCAAUCUGUCCAAUUUGAUCUUUUGGUUUCCCUAAAAAGAGGUAAUAACCUAUUCAAUCUACUUUCAUAUUGUUUUAAUACCGUUUCAAUGAAAUUCUUGUAAUAAAUGUAUCUAUUCUUCACUUGUUAUUACUUUGCUUAGUUCAUAUUUGUGCUUAUCUACUGAAAUUAUGAUGGUCUUGUGGCUGAAUUGAUAUUAGUGAUUGUUUUAUUGAAGGUAAUAUGCCUGUGUUCUCCUAAAAUGAAGUAAGAUAUAAAGAAAUAAACUUGUUAUAACUAAAACUAAGUAAACAUUGAGGUUUUCAAAUAAGUUUAAGGAUUUUCAGAACUUUAGGAUGAAAAUGAGCUUAAAGGGUAACAACCGAUUAAAGGUGUGUUAAGGAUGUUAGGUGAUAAUUUUUCCAAAAUAGGCUUGAAAUAAGUAAAACUAGAGGUUGUUUGGUUCCUUGUGUCAUUUCUGUGCCCUUUCAAAUUUUGUAAUGUCCUUUUAUACAAGUAGUUGACAUGUUUGUUAAGUUCAAAGUGUUUUGAGUCUUGUGUUGUGCAUUUGUGAUGAUCAUCUCUUGGCUUUUGAGGUUUUUGUCAAGUCAAGUCAUGAUCAAGAUAAACAACGAUACUAAUACAAGUAUAGAGUAUAGUGCAAGCUUUAAAAUAUAGUUUUCUCGUGUGUUCAGAUGUUGUACAUGUCUAGUUAAUGGGCUAAUGGAACUUCUGAACCUUAGAACCUCAUUAGAAGACUGUCCUCUUCGUCUAUGUCAAAUUUGUGUGUCCAUUUGCCUUAAAAUAUGCUUAUACUAUCUCUUCACCAUAUCAGGAUUAAAAUUAAGUCAAAAACUACAUGUCUAAGAUUUUGAGUGCUUGAAAAAAGGGGGCCUAUAUUGUCUUAAAAGCUAAAAAAUGUGUUGUAAGUUUUUGCAGUCAACUCUAUGACAUUGAAAAUGGUUUAAGUAUAGUAAUAAUGCCCUUGUGAUAUCUGUUUUUACCCAACUUGUACAUUUAGAUCCUCUAUGAGAUUUUAUAACUUUGAAUAAAAAUGAAUAUUUGAGUUUAUUUGAGGUGUUGGUUAUCUGGAAAGAUUUAAAAGAUUUUAGGUUUUUGGGAGCCUUAUGUAUGUCUGCCAUCUUACCUGAGGUAUGCUGAGUGAUUAAUGAUUUACCUGAGGUGGGCCCGUAUAAUGGUCCGUAUAACCAUUCCAGAGAAGGGUAAUUCCAUGGUGGGAUUAUACGGUCCAUUUAUACGGACCGUAUAAAUGGCCGUAUAAUUGGUCGGGCCAGCUUUUUUUUUGUAUAAAUAGAUGACCCUUGUUCAUUUAUUUCAUUUCAAACAUUUUCCAAAGUCCUAAAAGCUCUAGAACCUUCCUCAAGUAUAUCCACACAACCCAAGAGAGAUCAUAGAUCAAAUAGCAAGAAUCAAAGGAUCCAAGUGUUGGAAGGCUCACUAGGGUUUGUAAAACUCAAGAUUUUCUUUGGUGUUGGAGUUGGGGUUCCAUUCAAGUGAAUUAUUUGAUUCAAAGCUUACUCUUGUAUGAUUAAGAUGAGUUUCUAUACUUGUUUCCAUGUUAUUAAGAGUGUCUAGUUAUUGAAUAACUUGAUUGAAGGAAAGAAAGCAAAAGAGGAAGUUCAAAUGUGGAGUUGAUGAUGUUAUGAGUAAUAAAUUGAAUUGAGUUGUAAUUGUUUGAGUACUUUGGGUAUAAUCUUGCUAUGAAUAGUAGUAAUGAUGAUGAGGAAGUGUGGUCACGUGUUUAUAUAGAGUUGUAUUGGAAUUGUUAUUGUGUGUUGGUUAUGAAAAGGAGUUUUGGGUGUGUAAUGAAGUCUCUUAAUUAUGAAAUUGAUGAUAAUGUCUUUGUUGAUUGGGAGUUGUUUUAUGAUAUAAUGGAAGUUUAUAAAGCAAGGGAAAUGCUUCCCAAUAUUCGCUAGCUCAUGAAUUAUUCUAGUCUGAACUUAAGAGUGUCUUUAAGACUUAAUUUAGUAUGAUCAUUUUAAAUGUAAAUCUUGUGAGCAUGGAAGGAAAGCGUUAAGAUAUUAAGGAGACGUUAAGGUAUGUUAAGUCUAUUCCUUCUUCAUUUUGGCAUGAUCCUAUGUUAUGAGCCAACAAGCGAUUAAAUGAGUUUCCAUAUUACUCUACUCUUAGAAGCGCUAGGAGUAUUUCAGUCUUUGAUGUCUUUAUACCUCGUAUGAUUGUUCCUUCUGUUCAUGGGUCUUGAGAUUACUUAUGUUGAUGAUGUUAGCUCAAAAGUUGUCCAUCGGAGUUAAUAUGACCCUAUGUCACUCCGAGAGUUCUAUGUAUACAUCAGUUAUGCAUUGCAUUUAUAUACAUAUGCAUAUUGAUCCAUGACCAGAAGGCGUUAUAUACGUGUAUAUCAUAUGUACAUGGGGUAUGGGAAAAUGGAUAGGUGUUAUAUACGCAUUACCACCUGACCAGCUGGUGCACCUUGAUGAUGAUAUAUGGAACGGGUCAUACGUUCCUCAACAUUAUUAUAUGAUAUAUGGAGCGUGUCGUACGUUUCUCGACGCUAAAUAUGGGAUAUAGAUCAGGCUGAAGGUUUCCGUGCAUUAUGACCUAUAUCUAUAUACAUGAUUAUAAGUAUCAUUAAUUGCAUGCAGAUUAUGCGCCCACAGAAGCAUUGUCAGUUAUACAGAUACUUGUUCAUACAAAUUUACGCAGACAGUCAGUUUAGAUUUGAGUUCCAGAUUCCGUUCAUGAUACUUAUGCUUAUACUUAUGCUACUCUUAUGCCUUACAUACUUAGUAUAUUAUCCGUACUGACUCCCCUAUUUCCUGGCGGAUUGCGUUCAUGCCCGCAAGUACAGGUAGACAAACAAGUGGUCCCGCUCAUUAGGACCUUUACUCAGCAGUAGUUAGUGCGCUCCAUUCGAUCCGGAGCUGCAGUCUAUUUUGGGUAUGCCAUUCUUUUGGAGAUGUAUAUCCAUAUAGGUAUGAAGGGGCCCUAUCCCGUCCUUUUUACAGUUUUUUAUUCCACUAGAAGUCUGUAGACAGGUGUAUGUGUAUGUCAGAUAUGUCAGAUGAUGUAGCCUUCUCGGCUCCUAUUCUUUUAUGUACAGUAUAUGUAGUGGCCUAGUUGGCCUACACUGUUAUUUCAGCUUGUAUGUAUGUAAAUGUAUAGAUUUCAUGAUGUCAUUCCUUCAUGAGGCAGUAUGAGAUCAGUUUAAAUCACUUAUGGGCCCUUGAUGCUCAGUACAGUUCAGAUAUAAGUAUAGGGGUGUUUGGUUACUAGAGGUCAGACACUCGUCACAACUCAUCGAUUUGGAUCGUGACAUAAAGGUUGUAGUUUGAUACAUUGAUGUUGUUAGCUUAUGGAUUGAUUUUUGAAGAAAGUUUCAGACGAAUUUGUAUAUGUUUGUCAUGUAGUAUCUUGAUUAUGUUAUUAUUGAUGUUUGGGAGCUGUUUUGGAAUUGGUUCAGAGUAGAUAAUAUAGAGGAAAUGUUUUCCAAAUUCCGAUAACUUAUUAACUAGCUAAGUUUGAGUGUGUAAGUGUUCUUAUGGCCUGAUUGUUGUAUGAAUUAUCUUGAAGGUAGAUUUGCAAGUUUGGGAGGAUAAGCGUUAAGUAGUUAAGACGACAAGGUACGUUAACGCUGUCUUUUUCUUUCUUAAGGCAUGAUCCUAUUGUUAUGAACUUUCACAAAUGAUGUCCAUAAUGAUUCCUCGUAAAAAAGCUAGAAGCUUAUCUUAUUGUUGUUCUCUUAUGAUAUCAUUAAUGAAUUUGUCUCAUGAUUAUGAAUCUUUAUCUUAUGAUUGUUAAUCUUAUUCAUUGAUGUCAAUUUCAUCUUAUGAUUAUUGUUUCUUCGAGGUGAGAUAUGUUCAUGAUGAUAGCUCCAUAAUGAUAAUCGGAGGUCUACCAACCUUACGUCACUCCGAUAGAGUCAUAGCUUUUCUUUGGGCUCUCAUGUAUGCUUUAUAUAUAUGUAUGUAUUUUCUCAUACCGAGCACGCUAUAGUCGGUUGGGUAGGCACCUAUUGUGCAUACCAUUGCAGUGAGCAUGUUAUGAUGUUACCCCGAACGCGGGAUGAUGAUGAUAUGAUGAUAACACCGAGCCUCUAUGGCCAGGUACGGUAUAUAUAUAUAUAUAUGUUUUUCUUUAAAAAGGCAAGCAUGCAUAACAUCCGCUUUAAGUGGCAUUCAGAGGUACAAGUUGAUCUCUCUUAUCUUAUGUUAUGUUAUCUUCAUAUUUUCAUUAUAUUGUUAUUCAUACCUUACAUACUCAGUACAUUAUUCGUACUGACGUCCUUUUACUUAUGGACACUACACUCAUGCCCGCAGGUAGACAAGGAGAUGGUUCAGACUCAUAGGUUGACCUCUCAGCUGUUGUAUAGGAGCACUCCACUUGUUCUGAAGUUGCAGUCCAGUUGGUAUGAUCCUUUUGUGUACAGAUGGGUACGAUGCACAAGCGCUUAUGUUCUUGUUGAGAUUCAUUGCUGGAGAAGUGAUGAAUGAUUCUGGAUUUAUCACCACUAACGUUGAUGUGUAUGGCAAACAAGAACCGUGGGAUAUUUACAGUCAUGGAGUACCCUGCGAUAAUGAUGAAGGGGACAACAACGAUUGCACUCACAAUCGCUUCUUCAUCACAAAGCUCAAGAAGAAAAACAAGUCCAAGUAUAAUCGCAAUGUUGGAAACAAGGGCAGUUGGAAACAACAAGACAAGGGCAAACCAGUUAAAUACUCAUCGGUAACUAUUGGAUGCAAGAAGAGCAUGUCUUACGUGAAUAAGAAUUAUAAUCGGAAAAAUGGGCAUUGGCUUAUGAAUGAGUACGAACUCUCUAGUGCUAUUCUUGAGAAAUUCAAUGAGGAUUGCAGAGAUUAUGUGCUCUGUGCCAUCAAGAAGAGGCCCGUUACUAUUUCUUCUCCUUCCGAGACUACUUCCACAGUCGCAUUCUUGAAUAAUUUACCUGCGGAAAUUCAUCAAGUAAUUAGUAAUUCAAGAAGGAAUUUGCAACACUCCCCCACGGCUUUCUUGAAUUUUCAAGAAUCAAGUAGUACCGAUAAGCCAUUACAAGUAUAUGAUGCAGGGGACUAUUCAUUAGGUGUUGUUGAGUCGCAUGAAUGGGGCAACAAUGACUUUGAAGAAUUACACGGGAUGAUGUUACACCAGCACGACAUGAAUAUGGUUGAUCCAUUAUUAGCAGCAGAGGCUUCUUACACCGCCAUGCUCAAUUUUGUGACUGAAGAAGAUGUGCUUAACUUGGAUGACAUACUACUCGACUCGGAUGACAUAGAGCAGAUAUUACAAACAACAUUUUACUGAUUUUGACCACUUGUUUUGCUUAUUUACUCAUGUUGGAAAAAACUUGUAAUUAUCAUAUAAACAUUCUUCAACAAGCUGUUCAAUUCUUUUCUAGUAGAUGAUUGAACAUUGAUUAAGUCCUUCUUUCCUUUGAAUUUUUGUACUUUUAUGUGUUGUUAGAGUAUUAGUUUAACUGAUUAUGCUUUUUAGUCACAAGUGAAUAGACCCAACUAUACCAAUGUAUUCUGUGCUUUUUAGGUGUUUGAUAAAAUGACAAAGUCAAUUUUAUUCAUAUAUUUGCGCUCAAAAGUUAUUCAAUAAUGGGUUAUUGAAUUUAGAUGCUUCAGACUUUUUGACCCAUAUUAACUAGCAGGUGCCUUUUUUUUUUUUUUUUUUGGUUUUUAACAUGUGCUGCUACAAAUAGUCUCUGCUGACUGGCAAUUUGGAUGAUAGUUCUUCUCCUGACGUUUUGCAGGUAUUAAAGUGUCUAGAUUAUAGGAAAUAGCCACCUAGUUAUUAUACACUAGAGUUUAGAGAUAUCAAGAUAUUUUUGAACGAGUGAACUAGAGUUUGUCGAAGAAGACGAUUCCGAAGCACCCCUUUUCCUGUUUUUUGGGAGUCAAUAGUUUAGUACGUAUUUG